AUGUUCAAGGCAAUAUGGCAUUCUGCAGCAGGCCCGGCAGAUCAGACUACACCCAAGGCGGCAGGUCACUCUGUCGCGACCGAACGUAAUCCUUUCGAUGACUCACUGUCACCGUCGCCUGCUCAUCAGAACGGGACAAAAUCUCCCAUGCGAUCCCUGCCUGCCUCUCGCAAGAACAGCCACCAGCUGUCACAGUCGCCUCUGACAGCGGGCGCAUCAGGAGCCACACUUGAGCCUCAGCAGGCCAACAUUCCAUCCGGUCUCAGGACGCCAACGAGCUCCUACAAAGCCUCGCCCUCGUUCAGCUCUAUAGACACACUCCUCACGCCGGGAGGCAGUCGCAAGGUCACACCAGGCGCGAUCAAGACCAACGCCAACUUCACUACUGCGCCUGCUACCACCCAGUUGAGCAGGCAAGAGCCUAGCUUCACGUUUACCACCCAACCCGGCGCUGCGGCUGCCUUGCAGAAGAAGCAGAAGGAGCAGAAGGAGCAGAUACAGACCGCCUCUGUGGGAGCGACCAUACCGCCUACGCAAUCUGCUAGCACAGCACAGCCGUUCAGCCUCAUGUCGCCACCAAAUGCAGUCAAGAAGAAUAGCGUCGCUGCGGAGCCUACCGCGGUGGCCGGCAAACCUGCCGCGCUAGACGCUAGACAAGCCAAACCGAAUAGUCUGCUUUUGCCACCCACGCCGACGACCCUGGCUGGUCUCACUUCUGGCCUGACGACGCCCGGGCUUGUCACACCGGGCGCUCAGCCAGGCACAUCGACAGGUCUCAAAGGCAGACUUACUCUCGUGCUCAAGCAAGCGCGUAAUUUGGCAGUGACCUCCUCGAGUGCACGGCCCUAUGUCGUCAUCUCGCUCGAUCAGAACGAAUUCGUUUCCCCAGAACCGAGCGACGAUAUCCACGAUCAAGAUUCGGACACUGCCACUCCGGCUUCGGACCAGAUGAAGCUUGAUCCACCCGUACUGCACUCAGCUGGCGCGGAUCCGGACGAUACCGCGAGAGCGAGCGCAGGCGUGAGCGAUCAGAAGCGAAACAGGCCGCCGCCGUCUUCACCGGGUGCACCACAGAUGAACGAUCUCUUCUGUCUGGUCGGCAACAACCCGGCAUGGAACCAUGAAGUCAUUUUUGAUAUCGUUCACGAAACGACUCCCAUCGUCUUCACUGUCUACGACCGUGCGAGUGAUGACGAGGGUUUCCUCGGGAUAGUGGAACUUCGCCCGAAGCUCAUCAGUGGACGGAUAACGGACGAGUGGUACAAGCUCAAGUCUAGAGAAGACGAAGAGGUCACUGGCGAGAUCCGUGUGCACAUGCGCUACGAACGUCUAGAGCAUAGCAAGCGAGGGCUAGCAGUCAAGGACUUUGAUUUCUUGCGGAUGAUCGGGCGAGGGACCUUUGGUCGAGUUUUCCAAGUUCGCAAGGUGGACAGCAAGCGAAUCUACGCGAUGAAGGUGCUCAGCAAGAAAGAGAUUGUGGCAAAAAAGGAAGUUGCGCAUACGAUCGGCGAGCGCAAGAUCCUCCAACGGUCAUCCGAAUGCCCAUUUCUGCUCGGUCUCAAGUUCAGCUUCCAGUCUGCUACCGAGCUCUUCCUCGUCAUGGACUACAAGCCAGGUGGCGAACUAUUCCAUCACCUUCAGCGCGAAGGCCGAUUCACCGAGGACCGAGCAAGAUUCUAUACCGCAGAGAUUGUCCUCGCGUUUGAGCAUCUUCAUAAGUUCGAUAUCGUCUACCGCGAUCUCAAGCCGGAGAACAUCCUGCUCGAUGCGACAGGCCAUCUCUGCUUGUGCGACUUUGGAUUGUCCAAACCGGACCUGCCGUCCGAUGCGCUCACCAAUACAUUCUGCGGCACGACUGAAUACCUUGCGCCCGAGGUUCUGCUCGAUGAUCAUGGCUACUCGAAACUCGUCGAUUUCUGGAGCUUGGGCGUCCUGCUGUUCGAGAUGUGCUGCGGCUGGAGUCCGUUCUACGCCGAAGACACCCAGCAGAUGUAUAAGAACAUCUGCUUCGCAAAGCUCAGGCUCCCCAAAGGAACCUUUUCGGCAGAAGGCAAAGAUUUUGUGAAAGGACUGCUCAACCGCAACCCGAAGCAUCGACUAGGCGCGCAGCACGAUACUGGUGAUCUCAAGGCUCACGCAUUCUUUGCGUCUGUCGACUGGGAGGCGUAUCUAGCCAGGCACAUCACGCCGCCUUUCAAACCGCAUGUCGAGUCCGACGAAUCGGUCGCCAACUUUGACCCGGAAUUUACAGACGUCGACGUGCUGACCGAAGCACCCUCAGCUGUCAACUUUGACGAGGAAGAUCUCUCGGAGGCUUGGCUCGAUCAGGCUGCUUCAAUGCCAACCAACGGGUCUGUUCCUAUCGAUGGGGCCAAGCAUGGCAAAUCUCGGCGAGGAGCGACGUCUGGAUCACCUCUGACUGGUAGCGUCCAGGACGCAUUCCGCGGCUUCUCGUACACCGGCGAGUCGAUGCUUUCGCACGGUCUAUCGUCGCUGCACAUGUCAAACCUCGACGAGGAUGAAGAAGGCAGGCGCGAGCUGGCGCGACUGGGCAGCGAAUGGCCAGACGAAGCGCCUGGUCAGUAUGACGAGCCGGUCCACCGACAGCGAAACAACAGCUCUGGCAUGUCCUUCGCUGGCUGCUUCUGUCUGUCUUUCUUACGAACUGCUCCUUCAUGUAACGGUUAUCUCGCUCGAGCAAGGCCUAGACGUCUUUUAGUGCACUUGUACAGCUACAAUGAACAAUCACUGUCCGCGUCUCGUCUCGCGCACAUGCGAUGCUCUGUGCGAUAA